AUGGUCCUCUCCAUCUACGAGAACCUGGCCAAGGAGACCCCCAAGCCACGUUUCACGGUGGGCAUCAACGACGACGUCACCCACCUGUCGCUUCCCGUCGGGGAUUGGCUGGAUGUGCUGCCACAGGGCACCACCGAGUGCAUGUUCUACGGCUUAGGCAGCGACGGGACCGUGGGUGCCAACAAGAGCGCCGUGAAGAUGAUCGCCAUGGGCACGGAGCUCUACGCCCAGGCUUACUUUGAGUACGACGCAAAGAGACUAGGACCAAGAGGUAGCAUGGAUUGUGGUGCUGCUUCCCCUUUCUGUUGCUCGGCCACCCGCCUUGCUUGUGAUCCGAGGAAGAGCGGAGGUGUCACGAUCAGCCAUCUUCGCUUCGGCCCCAAGCCCAUCCAUGCGCCCUACAACGUGAGGUCUGCUAACUACCUGGCGGUGCACAAGUCCAGCUACGUGACCAGCUAUGACAUGACCCGCUACUUGAAGCCGAAUGGCGUGUGCGUCAUCAACUGCUCUUGGACCCCUGCCGAGUUAGAACAGCCUCCCAGAAGCAACUAUAAAGCAGUUUCGCUAGCUGGCAGCGAGUUGCUUGUGUUUGCUGUGGUGCAUCUACCCGUGAAGAUGCGCCGCGACCUUGCCGUGAAGCAGGCCAAGCUUUACGUCAUCGAUGCCACGCAGAUCGCAGUAAAGGCGGGCCUGGGCAAGCGCAUCAACAUGAUCAUGCAAUCCGUCUUCUUCAAGCUCAGCGGUGUCAUGCCGUACGAGGAGGCCAUCGAGAUGCUCAAGCCACUGGCCCAGCAAACGGCCCAGGUUGAAGAGCUAGUGAAGAGCAUCAAGAAGAUGUACGGCAAGAAGGGCGAUGCCGUGGUGAAGAUGAACAUCGAUGGCGUGGAUGCAUCGGUGACUGGUAUUGUGGAGUGCCCCGUGCCAAGCUCUUGGGCAUCGCUGGACGUGGAGGAGGAGUCAAAGGGCGGCAGCACGCAGGCCAAGGGGCCAAGGACUAUCGUGGACCUGAGCUCCGAACAGUUUGCAAAGCAAAUCCAGAGCCAUUGCAACAACCUGGAUGGCAACGCCCUGCCUGUCAGCACCUUCGUUCCAGGCGGCCGCGUGCCACUGGGCACCAGCCAGUAUGAGAAGAGAGGCAUUGCCAUCAACGUGCCCACGGUUGACAUGGACAAGUGCACGCAGUGCAACAAGUGCAGCCUGAUCUGCCCCCACGCGGCCGUGCGGCCCUUCCUUGCAACGACCCAGGAGCUUAGCAAGGCCCCGCAGGAGUUCCGUGCCAGCAGCCGUGCUGCCAUCGGCGGCGGCGUUCUGGACAACUUCCAGUACCGCAUCCAGGUCUCUCCGUGGGAUUGCACUGGCUGCGAGCUCUGCGUCCGAAUCUGCCCAGCAGAUGCGCUGAAGCUGAGUCCAGCCGGGCAG